UUCUCAACCUCACCUGCUCCCAAACCCCCGAGCUGCACAGCUCAAUUCUGUUUAUGUAAUCUCAACUCACUCUCAUGCCACUGUCAGUUGCCAUCCCUAUAAAAUGAACGGCUCCGUUUUAUUGCGCUUUCCGGCACGGGCAGCUCCGCAGCGGGGCAGGGCAGGGCAGGCUGUGGACGCCGCCGCACUUGCUCUGCGAACUGCGACGGACCAGCCGAUGCAGCCGUCUUCCUGAAUUGUUGACGACUUCUCAGAUCCAGGUCCUGGGGGUCCGGGCCGUGGACCACUACUCCGCCUCUGUCUCCCAGGCAGAUGAAGCCUCGGCACGAGCGCAGCAGGUCCACCACGUCCACGUUCGUCUCCCAGGUCCAGCAGGGUCAGGACGGUGGCGACGCCAACGGCAGCGCGACGGACCAGGAGGUGAUGGCGCAGCCGGAAAAUGGCGUCCGGCCGCCGCUGCUGCGGACGGACAUGGAGGAGCCGCCGCGGGUGAGCGACGGAAGCGCCACCAAGGAGCGUGUGCGGCUCCUGGAGCGGGAGGUGGCGUCGGCGAAGCAGAGGGAGAUGAAGAUGCUGGAGUCGCUGGUCCAGCAGACCAAGGAGCUGGAGCAGGCCAAGAUCGCGCUCGAGGAGGCCUCGCUCGAGGUCGCCACGCUGCGUCAGCAGCAGCAGCAGCAGGGCGAGGGCGGCGCCGCUGCUGAGCCGGCCGUGCAGGCGCAGCAGUGGAGCGUCAUGGACCUCAUGUUCGGCGGCGUCGACGAGGAGAUCAACGGGCUGAGGGCCAAGCUCCGCGCGGCGCAGCAGGCCGAGGAGCGGAGCCGGAAGGCGGCCGACGAGCUCGCCGCGGCGCUGUCCGCGGUCACCGUGGAGGCGAAGCAGGUCAAGGCGUGGCUCUCCGGCGCGCAGGCCGAGGUGGAGGCCAGCAACGCCGAGGCCGACAGGCUCCGGGGCCUGCUCCAGGGCGCCGAGGCGGAGCUGUGGUCUGCCACCGAGCAGGUCGGCGCGCUCACGUCCAACUGGAAGGACGCCGCGGCCGGGUGGCGCGCCAGGGAGAAGGCACUUGUGGCGCGCGCGCGCGCCGCCGAGGAGGACGCCGCCGCCGCGCGGAGGGACAACGCCGGCCUGCGCCGCGCGCUGGAGCAGGCGGUCGAGGAGGCCAACGCGGCCGCCGAGGCGCUCGAGGCCGCCGGCGCCGACAACGCCGGCCUGCAGGAGGCCGUCGCGGAGAAAGAGCGCGCCCUGGAGGCCCUGCGACGGGACAACGAGGGCCUCAGGGCCAGCGAGGCCGCGGCCAGGGCGCGCGCCGAGGAGCUCCAGGGCCAGCUCGCGGCGAAAGAGCGGGAGAUUCCGCUUGUGGAGAAGUGGAGACGCGAAGACGCGCAGGGCAAGCUGGUGAGCUCCGGAAUGUUCCUGGGAUCCGGGCGGCUGGUCCCGGGACGGAAGGACCGGAUGUUCGCGUCGCUGAGCAACAUCGCGGAGCUCAAGUCGGCGGCGGCGGCCGCGGCGGCCAUGGACGACUACGGCUACGAGUUCGACCACCUGGACGUGGGGCAGCCCUGCGACGACGCCACGGAGCACAAGAUCAAGAGGCGGUCGAUCCUGCGCAAGGUCGGAGAUCUCUUCAGGAGGAGGAGGAGCCCGAACCUCGCGCCGGUGCUGCAUGACCACUACUAGAUGCCUGCCUAUGCACGUAGAACCCUGACAGGGCCUGACAGUAGAUGUUCGAUCGCGAGGUCGACGAUGGUUUCUUGCAGUUGCAGGACAAGGGAAAAGUAGGCAGUACAGCAGUGCAGAUUGAUGUAGCAGGGAGUUGGAAGGAUCAGUGUGUUGUGGUGACGGUUUUAGUUACGCGUGUCGAUUACUCGAACUUUUCCCUUCUUUUUGGUUUAGGUGUCAUCAGUGCACUUGAGUAGUGCCACGCACUGGAACAGCGUUGAUCAGCAGUUACAGAUACGCGCGGUUUGAGCGGCCAUAAUUACUGUACGGAUCACUACCCCACAAUGAUCAGCAGUUAGAGGUCGGGUAAGCUGUCAGAUCUGCUGUUGUUUCUAGCUGUAAGCAAUAAAUCCGGGUGUCGCUAUCAUGAUUUCAGCUGCCGCCGGGUGCUGCCUGCUGUGCCAGCAGUUGGGCUUGUGUAGACUGUAGAAAAGCAGUUGGACUUGUGCACGUUGUAUUGCUCCGAGAGAAGGCCAUACAUCCGUGGUCUGGUUUGAUUC